GGCAGUUUGCUGUUAGAGGGAAAAACCAACGUCGAGGACACGAGGGGAGCUUGGAGAAGACCAUUUCACGACACCUGCAGCAGCAGUAACAUCGGCAUCAGCAUCAACGUUGCAGGAACGUAACAGCAUAAAAGGACAGAUAUGAAUGCGACGCAGAAACACGAAGCAACGCAGAUGGUCGAGUCUGUGCGAUUUUCGCAGCCGUAUUUCUCAGAGCAAAUGAUUCAGGAAUGUUUAGCAGGUCGAGAUCCAAAAGAAAUGCAGCUGAAAAUACAACAAUUCGCUUGGAUCACAGACAUGUCGAGAGCGUUGAGAUUUCCCACUAAAACAAUUGCUCUGGCAAUGAUGCUGUGCAACCGAUUUCACUUGUAUCAUAAAAUUGUGGACAUUCCUUAUUUGGACUGUGCAACAGCCUGUGUCUUUGUGGCCUGCAAGGUAGAAGACACUUCGAAAAAAAUCCGAGAUAUUUUGAUCGUAUACCAAAAACUUCGAUACCCAAACAGUGUUGAUGUGGAUCCUCAGUCCCCCAUUAUGGAGGAACCAAAGAAAAGAAUCCUCAGCUUUGAGCGACAUCUCCUUGAGCUCGCCUGUUUUGACUUUCGGACUUGCAGUCCUCAUGCCUACGUGGUAGCAAUUGCAAAGUACUUGAAUGUGGAAGAAAACAUUGCCAGGCUUGCGUGGGACGUAUGUACAGAUGCGUGCAGGACGUUUGUACUGCUGAAAUAUCCCGCUCAUAUUGUAGCGUACAGCUGCCUAUCACUUGCCUGCAAACUGCAAGGGAGAUCAUUACCCCCCAUUUCCAAAUCGUUCUGUAUCACACAGAACGAAAUUUACGGAGCGCUUUCAGACAUCCUUGACCUGUUCAUGCAUUACAAUGCUUUCACCAUCGUGGGUCCACGAUGCAGUAAUGAGACGAUGAUGUCGCUCUGCAUUGAUCUUCAACGUGCUCGAGGAAAGGGUAAAACAGAAACGGGGAUUACGGAACCGACAGCAGCGUCAACUUCCGCGACCACGAAUGCAUUCCCCAGCAAUCCUGCUUCGAUUGCGGCCAUGUUGUCACCAAAAACAGUAUCUUCACAGGCUCCGGACCAACGAUCGUCACUAGCAGAACAAUAUCGCCAGUCAGAACGACAGAUCCACAAAGCACAACACAGUUGCAUACGAUUCCUGCUCGAAAGCGAUCGGCAACGGAUGGCAGAAGAAUUGCACAAACGCAAAUGCAUGAAGCCAGCUAGUUAGUUUUAGCAGGUAGGAAAAAAAAACAGGCGAAGCGUUCUUGAUGAGGUCGGUUUCAUUGGGUUUCCGGUCAUGUCUGAUUCAUAAUACCCACAAGACUGCCAUUAACCGUAUUAAAUCGCUAUAUCCGUGAUGCUCUCCAUUAAAUGCACCGCACCCGUAUUUUGGUUUUUUUCUUUUCGUUUUUUUUACAAUGAACAGAACUCUAUUGAAUGGCAAGUUGCAACAAGGGGAAAUAAUAACAAAGGUUAGGAAACCCUAUAGAAACAAAUCAAGUGGAAAGGAUGUAAGCAGGAGGGGCGAUGAACUAUGAUUUUUUUUAAGGAACACGGGAGACCGUUCGUCAAACAGCAAGCAAAAAUGAACAACACACAUAAACGUUAAAGACACGUUUUAGUAUAGUACAAAUCCGGCGGGGGCGGGUGUUGAACGUUAUAACGAAAAAGA